AUGAUUUUUGAAGUAUUUGAGAAAUCCAAAUGUCUCGAAAUGUUUAAUGAAAAUGUUGUUGAAAAUUUACCUGACAAAUUUAAUGAUGUAUCAGAUAUGCUAAUUAAUAUAGAAGAAAAAGGGCAGCAUGAUUUUGACAGCCCCCCAUGUCCUGUUGAAACAAGUGUGAAUAUACAUCCUGAUCUUGUAGAUAUUGAUUUUAGUUUACCUGCUGGCAAGUCACUUAGCGUAUUAUGUGAGGAGAAUAACUCCUCUGGCCUACCGAAGAUAAAUUGUGAUACAUUGACAACAAAUGUAAACCCAGUGAGUCAAAUGUGUAAAGAUAGUUUUGAGGUGACCGCGUCACCAUGUGUAAAUGUACCACAGCAAGUCAAAUUUAGUGCUAGAGAACAAUUUCUCUUGCCUCAUACAAUAGAUGUACCAGUGUGUAAUGAUCUAGUAGACCUGUCAUAUGAAGUUAAUAAAGGAACAAGUAAGGAAGCAAGUGUAGUUGUUUUGAAUUCUGACCUGGAAGGCCUGUCAUAUCCUGUUCCAAAAACCUCUGUGCAUGCUGUUAAUUCUAUUUCAUUUGAGUUUCGCAAUAAUUGUCCAUUCUUGCAAGGUCAAGUAAGUGGUAUACCUACGUCUAUUUUAUGCGACACUGGAGCAUCUGUCACCACGAUUAGUGAGAAGUUAUUUAACAAAUUCCCCAAUUGCAAGAAAAUGCCUAGCAGUAAAACAUUUCAACAAACUAUUAGAACUGUCAGUGGUGAAAACAUGCCCAUCAAUGGUGUGGCAUUAGUUCCCUUUCAAAUUGGUGAGUAUAACUAUACAUUUUAUGCAUACAUCAUAGAAAAUUUAACUUAUGAUGCAAUUCUUGGGUCUGACUUCCUAGGUCAUUAUCAAGGUUUUAUCGAUUUUGACAACCAGUCUUUUGAAUUAUUGCCACCAAGUGAAAAUCCACCACCUACGGAUACACCACCACCUUGUCCGAUACCUAGGCUAGUUAAGUCGGAAGGGUAUGACCCUGAGCAUAAUUCAUGGGUAGACGAGACUGACAUUAUUCACCUUGAACAAAACAACAACUAA